AUGUCAAUUGCAGAUUUUGCAGAAAAAAUUUAUGUUGAAUUAGAUAAAUUAAAUUUGCAUUCAUCAAGUAUUCGUGUGGACAUAUCUGAAAUUAUUGAUUAUGCAUUUAGAAUACAAGUAUGAUAAAUUUUAAUUGAAAUUUAGUCUGAAAAAGAUGAUAUUGAAAAAAAACUUUAAACUGAAAUUCAAAAAUUAUUGAUUCAAUUAUAAUAGAAACAAAAAUAUCUAUUAAACUAAUCAAGUAAUUUUUCUAAUUAACAUAAGAAUAGGUGAUCUUUGAUUUUGAGAAGAUAGAACUACUUCUUUAUGAAAAAAAUGAAUACAAAAUGUUGCAUGAUUGUAUUGAUUUCGUAAAAGCUUGUAAGAUGAACUUGUAAAAGCGUAAUUUAUUAAAUUGGGAUUCGGAAUAAAUUUCAGAUGAUGGUAAUUUAUAUUUAAUUCAAUUUUAGCUUUUUUAUGUUCAAAUUCAUUAAAUAUGCAAAAAACAAUUUUAUUUGCUUAAGAGAAUAAAAAGUUGCAAGAAAUCAUUCAAAACAUAAAUAAGAGUUCUAUUUCAUUAAGCCAAAAAGAAUAAUUAGUCUACAAUAUAAUCAAAUCAUAAACAAAAACAUUAUCUCCUAAACAACAUGUUAUUCUAGAUGUAAUUUUCAAUUAAAAAUAUUAUAGGAUGUACUAAAUAUUAGUUAUUAACCUAAUAACAAGAAAACAAAUCUAAGUAUUUUAUCAAGCAUCUAAUUUCCUGAUUAGAUUAAUACAAAUAAUACAAAACUUAAUAUACUAGGAGAUAAGAUUUUACUACUUACAAAUGAAGGAUUUAAGGAUUGUGCUUCACCUAAAUUUUAGUUUUCAUCAUUAAGUCCUAUUAAACCAAUCUAAGUUAAUAAAGAUAAAUCUUUAAAAUCACAUAGAUCUUCCCUUAUUCUAGGUUCAUUCUAGAAUUCAGAAAUCAAAUCUUAAUAAAAACUUAUCAUACCAAGAAUUAAAAUUGAAAAACUAGAAGAACUAAAAGAAAAAGAUGACACAGAUUAUAAAGAAAUGAAUAAAAAAUAUGGUAGUUUCAACUCUUAAGAUAAUAUUAAUAAUAAAUCAAAUCAUAUGGAUACUAAUAAAAAGAAAAAUCGCAAAUAAUUAUGUUUAUUUGAAAAACAAUCAUUCUACGAUAAAAGUACCUUUUUGAACAUUGUUUCAAAUGUUACCAGAAGUAAAGAAACUAAAGAUACUGACAAUAGAAGAAGUGACUCUUAAAAAUCAAGAGAACGAAAUCAAACAUUUCAUUGUGGAUAACCAUAAUAAAGUAAAUUUCUUAAAGAAUUAAUGCAAAGGGUUUAUUCUAGAAAUAAUCCAAUCAAAAAGCCUUAUAAAAUUAGUGAAUUCGAAAAAAAAUAAUUAAGUCUUUUAAGUAAUUAAUUAUAAUAUAUUUAGUUGGAAACAUAAAAAAAUAGAAAUCCUUGCAUAAUUGA